UAGCCUAUCGAAGAUAGAUCCUUAAAACUCAAAGCAGAAGAGGAACGACUGACUUGGUUGAUGAUAUUCGAUAAUUGAUGUCUCAACAGUGGCAAGUGAAGGUGCAGCAUGCAGUGCCUGGUGUCAACUCCGUCGCAGAUGCCAUGGCCAGGGUUGCAACAGUGGAAUGUUUGCUUCAAUUUGAUCUGUAAUAGCUUAUAAAUACUAUGUGAUUGAUCUGGCUUCCUUUAAAAAACAAAUAUCAAAUCUAUUAAAAUAAGUCAACAACGCCUUGCCAUACUGAUAGGAUUAAAAUCCCAAAUUUUAGACGGCUAAGAAAUUAGAAAUUUUAGACUGUUUCUGAAAUGUCGUUUACGUUACUAUUUCUUUAAUCAAUUCUUCUAUUCUUUUUCCCCUUCCCCAUUCCAUGCUGCUUAAAACUUGAAUCCCCCCUUAAAUAAUCACAAGCCAUUGCCAACGGUCUUCUCAUCACAUGGCGCCGAUCAAAUUUUUGAAAACCAAAACCAUAUUUGUCUCUUUCCCCAAGUACUUCCCCCAUUUUCUUUCCACUAGUUUUUGCCAAAGAUUCCACGUCUUAAAUACCAGUUCAAGCGCCUGUCUGUCUGUGAAUGCUAACACUGAUUUCUAAAAUGGGGAAUUGUGCUCUCAAAGGUGCCGUUGAGGAGUGCAGCCAUGGCAUCAGGGUUUUAACCGAUGCCGGCGAAAUCAUUGAUUUCAAGGGCCCCAAACUAGCUCGGGACAUCGUAAAUGGUUUUCCAGGGUAUGGUAUUUGCAGAAGAGGCCAAGCUUUAGCUCCAUUGGCUGAAGAUGAGUGCUUGGUUAAUGGGGGAUUUUACUAUCUUCUUCCCAUGGACAAGUUUCAGAAAAAUGGUGACUCUGGGGUGAUUCCAAAGGAUAAGGAAGAAGGUGUUAAGAAAGAUGAAGUGGAUCGGGUUGAUCAGAUUGAGCCACCGAAGAUGUCGUCGGCGGAUUUCGUUGAGAAUUUGUCGAGUGGGUCGUCGUCGGCUCUGGAAGUGCUGUCGUCGGAGAAGAACGGGGUUUGGAAGGUGAAAUUGGUGAUCAGCAGUCAGCAACUGGGGGAUAUUUUGUCGCAACAAGUGAACACUGAGGCGUUGAUUGAGAAGAUGAGGAUGGCGGCUAGCUCAGCUGUUGUAACUCCACGGCGGACCAAGCGGUUUUGUGUGGUGGCCUCCUGGAAGAAGCCAGCGGUGUCAAGUGUGUUCAAGGUUGCCACUGAUAAUACCAAAUCACCAUAGCUAAUUAUUGAAUUAGAAAAGAAAAUGCUUAGUAGCUUAAGCAGCUUCUUGUACAUAUAAUUAAUUGAAAUUUUAGAAACCCAUGUUGGCUUCAAUGCUUCAAGCAUCAAAUUCGGAGAAGCAAUGAUAAUUCUGGUUAUGGCCUUAUUUUCAGUUUCA